GCCGUCCCGUUACAUUAUAUGCUGUUAGUCAGUCAGUCGUGCCAGUGAUCCGGACGCGGUAAAAGCGAGAGACGACGUGGCCGUUCCGAACAUCGUUCUUCCAAUCAGACAGCCGGUCACGUUGAAAAGCGCAGCGAGUUUCGUCGGCAUCGUUUUCGUCAUUUUUUUGCUUGCGGUUUCGUUCGCAAACUGCCUCAACUAAAAUUCCAAGUUUGAUUUGUGCACAAAUUUAGCUACCGUAUUACGCGUAUAACGCGAUCGGAUCGAGUGUACGUAUCGCAUGUGAAAAGUGUGCGUGAACGUUGGCUCGAUUAACCGGCAGCCGAUCCAGAGAACGAGCCGAGUCCCCGAUCGAAUCUGCAUCGGAUUUCAAGAUCGGCGACGAUUCCGACGAAAAAGGAAACUCGUGGAAGGAUUUUGAAGAAAUUUUAGGAGGAAAAGAUCGAAAGAAAAGUCAUCGAUGGUCGAUGGUCGUUGAUGUGUCGGCUCAUCAAUCGCGCGUAUCGGGUAGCCGCGAUGAAGUGAACGGAUAACGCGGCGCGGCGCGGCGUGGCGCGGCGGGACGUUUCGCGGCUCUCGACAGUCGUGGCAGUGAAAGUACGUCACCCGGAGCUGUCUCCGCUCAUUCGAGAUUCUUUCUACUCCGCUCUCGAUCCGAACGGGUUUUCUCGUCGCCGAAGAGAUCGCACAACGAUCAUGCCCCUGGUGUAAAAUAAAUUUCGAACAACCAUACGAACAGUGACUGUGAUAUAAGUGCCGGAACCGUAGCUCUUCUUUCCUCCGAGUUCGUUCCGUCUCUUUCUUUUUCUCUGCUGCUGAUUCACCGACGACGAUUCCUCGGCUUGCCAAAUCGAACUACGAAGUAAUCAGGAUCGAUACCGAUCGAGAUACCAUCACCACCCGACAACGAUGACCGUGAUUAUGGAGGAAACAAACACCUUCGUUACGUGGCCGUCUCGUCUAAAGAUCGGAGCAAAGUCGAAGAAAGAUCCGCAUAUAAAGGUCGCGGGUCGACCCGAUGACGUACGAGCCGCAAAGGAGAAAAUAAUGGAAAUUCUGGACACGAGGCAAAGCAACAGAGUAACUAUGAAGUUGGACGUUAGUUACACGGACCAUUCGCACAUCAUUGGAAAGGGUGGACUAACGAUUAAACGGGUGAUGGAGGAAACUGGAUGCCACAUUCAUUUUCCAGACAGUAAUCGAAGUAAUCAUCAGGAGAAGAGCAACCAGGUGUCGAUUGCGGGAGAAAUGGAGGGAGUCGAACGUGCCCGUGCUCGUGUCAGGAAUCUUACGCCUCUGAUCUUCUCGUUCGAGUUACCAAUCAUGAGUGCGUCGCAAACAGUGCCCGAUUCUACUUCGCCGUACGUAGUUAAAAUUCAGGAAAAAUACAACGUUCAAGUGAUGUUUCGUACCAGACCAAAAUUGCAUGCUACUUUGGUAGUUGUCAAAGGUUGCGAAUGGGAGGUAUCUCAAGUGAAAGAAGCGACCGUGCUUCUAAUUCACUAUAUGUGCCAAAACUUAGCUAGUCAAAUACAAGUACAAAUGUCGAUGGAGAUUUCGCCGCAACAUCACAGCAUCGUAUUGGGAAAGCAGAGCAGCAAUUUGAAGAUGAUCAUGCAACGCACAGGCACUCAAAUAAUGUUCCCAGAUGCCGGAGAUCCGAACAUUCCUAGCUUAAAGAAGAGCAACGUUACGAUCACAGGUGGCAUCCACAACGUUUAUUUGGCUCGACAACAGCUAGUGGGAUCCCUGCCUUUGGUCCUAAUGUUCGACCUUCCUGAAGACUCGAUGUCUUCGGUAGAUAGCGAGAACGUUUCCCAACUAAUGCAGUCGUUGGACGUGUUCAUAAACGUGAGGCACAAGCCGAAGCAGAGUACACUUUCCGUGAUCAUCAAAGGAAUCGAACGAAACGCUAGCAAUAUUUACGAAGCGAGGAAACAGCUUUUAGGCCUGGACGAACCCAGAGUGCAUGCCGAGAUACCGGCUACCUAUCACAUUCCAAACGCUGGUAAUAUUUUCCAAGGAAACUCUACUGGCAAUGGCUCCAGUCCCAAUAGUUUAGUCAGCAGUCUAUCGGACAAUUUGUCGAGCAUAUUAACGGUGAAUACACAGAAUUCUCCAUACUGCGUGUCGCCUGUUCCUCAUUCGCCAAAUCCGAUGGCCUUGUCGCCUCAUUGGGGUCAUUUACCACCAUUACCGUCCAUCUUUUCUCCACUGCCGCUUCAUCACUCUUAUCCAUAUCCACACCUUAAUCACCUGUUGACGACGCAGCACGUAAUGCAUAACAACGCGAUGCCUCCUCAUUCGCAUGGACUGCAAAAUCACGCUUUUACCGGUAUCGGACAACUUCAUUCGAACGGGCCUGUAGGCUUUCACAGUACUCACGGAUUGAACGGUAAUUCGUUAGUGGAAAGCAAGGAAGGUAGCGCUUAUUCGUCGUUGAGCAGCGUUUCCAGUUCUCUAUCUAGUCCAGCUAUCAGUCCGCGUAACAUAUCUCCGGUCAAUCCUAUCGAGAGUAGUCAUAAUAUAGAUUUAUCCAGCAUGUUGUCCGAUCUUACGGUACCCGAUCGUCGUGCGCCGGGUUGUGAGAAGAAAUCGCUGGAAAUGGCUGUGCAACAGAAUCUCGUUCCCUUCGAUUACGAGCAGAAAAAGAUACUAGCGGCGAAAGUGAUUCAAGGGAAACCAAGUACCAACGAUUAUCGUGUUCCUACUUCCGCUUGGUCCGGCUACGGACUCAGUCAAUCCAUUCCUCCCAUAAAUACGGGCGACAUAAAGAAGCCGCAGGAAUCUACCACCUCCCAUCCAUCUGAUUUAUGGAAGGAACCAACGACGCCGGUAUUCAGCAGAGAGAUUGACUUUGGAAUCGGAUCCGGUAAAGACCGCGUUGGACAGAUCGGCUUAAGUUCCAACUACAUGGAGCAUACGCCCACUUCGCAUUUGAACAAAAUCACAUCCCAUCGGUACGACGACUUAACUAGCAUGUUGGUUAGCGUCGGAUUGGAAAAGUAUAUUCGCCUGUUCACAUCUCACGAAGUGGACAUGGCUACAUUUCCAUCUCUGACGGAAAAAGAUCUAUGCGAAAUCGGGAUAACCGCUUGGGGUGCAAGGCGUAAAAUAAUGUUAUUAAUCGCUGAAAUGAACAAACGUACUAGUCCAUUCUGUGGUAGCGCUGCUCCUGGUGCGGAACGCAAAACGACCACGUCGUCGACCUCGUCGUCGAUGGAGAAAUGCAAUCUGGAUACCAAAUGGUAGUAGGGACGAAACAUGUCACGAGUCUCGCAAAAUUCGUGAGAACGAAUACAAAGAAUUUAGACAGGACCGCGUCGUACUUAAAAUUAGCCUCGCGUUCGCACGCAGACUCGAUUGCGUUUCAUGAUGCUCGAACGAGAAUCGAAAUCGAGAUCGAAAUCAAAUCACGCGAGCCCUUUCGCCGACUCGACAGUAGGAUCAAGUUAUAAUUAGUAUGUUAAUUUGCGAUUCUAGGCACCGAAAGAAUAGGCGGAUGAUUCUUUUUGUGGUCAAGGACCGUUUGCUUUUUUUUUUUAUUUUUUUCCCUGCAGUCCUCGAUUCACGCGGUCGAAAGGUGCCUUAGGUUAAGAAACUCGUUACUACUUUCGUUUCGUUAGCUUUUUUUUUAUGUUGCUAAUGGUCUUUCUAUCGUGGUCGCGCGAUAUUCGACGAAUCGAUAUGGUUUUCAUAUUAUUUUGUACGGAGCGCGAAACGCGAUGCUCCGGGAGUCGUAGUGUCGUUCGACACGUUGUAUCAUAUAUGUUUUUGUGUAACGGUGAAGAGUUCGUAAUAGGACUGAACGAUAGGCGUAUACAGUAUCUAUAAAUUAACGAUAACGGUUCAAUUAGUAUAGCAAAGUGCGGAAAAACGAGGCUUUGAAGCUGGAUAUGCGCGAUGGGCGUAGGAUAUCCCGUACGUUCGGCGACCUGUCGCUUUAGGGAAGUUAAAAUAUUUAAUCUCGACUAAGCUCGAAACUCGGCAGAAACGUAGAACCUAAGCUGGCAACCGAGACGAAAAUGCGAACUCACGUAAAGAUAAAGCGAAAAAAGGGGCACACGGUCAUGUUUCUCUCGGUUUUCGCGAGUUUCGGAUUUUCUCGCAGCAGCCGCGUUUUCGAGUUUUACAAUGUAAUAAAGUAUUUAUUAUUCACUCGCGAAAGACGUCGAACGUACAAAUGCGAAUGAUUUUUCCACGAAGCGGAUCGGAGGGGGCGAUUGAACGUUCGAGGGUAUUUCGAGUUGUGUCUUUUUCACCGUAUUACGAUCGAUCGUUUUACAGGAGAAACAACUUUCCCGAACUAUCCUUGAAACUAUAAUUUGAGUCUAUACUCAGCUAUACCGCUAACGUGCAAUGCCUGCCGAACGAUUCUGCAGCUAAAUUAUUUCGAAUAAUCGGUCGUCGUACGAGUACAUCGUGAUUCCUCUUCUUUUCUUCAUUUUCUUUUCUGUCUCAACAUCCGAGUACUUGAUAAACAUACGGGGAACGAGAAUAUUUUUGUUAAAACAAGCUGCACGUUGUGGUCCGUUUACACAGUAGUCGUUUUACGAAAGUAAGAUACUCGUGUUCUACGUAAAUUAUUAAUAUUUUAAAUCUUUUUUUUUUCUUUUUUUCUGAGUAUACUCGUAUAUGGAUGAAAUGAAAGCGUUCGGCAACGAGCUCAUGCUCUGCUCGCUACGAUCGACAAUAUUUAAACAUGUAAACACCUUCAAAUAUCAAUUUAUCGCGAUUUAAGUGAUCGAUCGAUUUGUCGGUGCGACUAGCGAUAUAAAUUAUUAUUUAUCGCGCGUCAAGAAAAAUAUUCAAAAUAUCGUCUCGAUGAAACUUAUCGAGAAUGCCUAACGAGUCGAACGAUUUUAUCGUUAAUAGUUCUUGACUAAGUCUUUUGUGAAAUCUUUUUAAGCAUAAAUUAUUGUUGUUUGGUGCGGCAAAAUCGCAUGCUUGAAAAUGAUCGAAAUGUUAGAAAAGGAAUACAUGCUAUGUGUACUUUAUGCGUACGAGUGUAUGCGCGCGCGUAUGUGUGUGAUGUAACAAGACUGUACCCGAUCGUCCCUGUUACUCGUGUUUGUGUCGAACAUUAACCGUUUUCUUUGAUAAAAUUCGAUUCGAAUUUGAUUUUCUUCGUCCGAUCAUUACACCGGUCGGAUAACAAAAAUCGUGUACCUAUCCCAUGCUUUCGUAACGGAGAAUUAUCGUUCUUGUUUUCGCGGUAGAGAUGGGACGUCGCAGAACGAUUUUGUCGUAACGACCAUUGUUGUUACCGAGGAAAGGCUUGAUCGAUGACCGCAAGAUUCCUUUUACCGCGAAUCCACUCGUAUCCUUUCUAUUAUUUGUAUUUUUACGCUGCUCGAGAUACUUACACGAUCGAUCGAUGCUCGACGACUUUUUUUUUAGAGAGAUGCGUUACGCUGUUCUUCGAUGUUCCUAUCUAGAAAAUAUAGGUAUAUGUAUAUAUGUAUAUACACAUGAACACACAUACGUACCGUACGUAUGUGCAUGUAGGUACGUGCAUCAGCUGAUUUUGCGGGAUUUAGCAGAUCAAUUAGUUGAUAAAACGAUUAGAAUUAAAAGGAAGAAAAGAAGAAGAAAGGUAAAAAAGAAGCGAUGAUAGGUAAGGAAGCGACAACGAAGCAUUCGAAUCUAGGCUUCGAACAUCACGGUACAAGGUCGUAUCGUUCGUCUUAUUUCCUGUCUUCUUCCUGACACGUUGCAUAUGGCAAAUUUCUUGACGCAUAUUUCUCUUUCUCUUUCUCUCCUCCUCGAUCUAUCUGAUACGCAAAAACUGAAGACCUUUUCUUGCUGACGAAUUUUAUUUCUUUUCUAUUUGCAUGCAAAGAAAGAAAGAAUAAGGAAACGAAACACGGAUACAAGAUUCGCGAAGGAGAAGAGAAAUUGAGAGACGAACAUACAGUAGCAAUCCAGCGAGAUCAUUCGACUGACCGAACAUGCCUUUCUGGAGCAUGUUUCCACGCGCAGUGUAAUAAUAGUAUCGAUAUAGUACGAUGCGUAUUCCGAAAGACGCUUCGUUUGUAAAAACGUGAGUACCUAUCAUGAUGGCAAUUUAAUCGUGCGCCGUAAAACGUUUCUCAGAAUCAAUGAAAUACAAUCCGGGUGAAUCAUAUUUUCGGAGACUAACGAAUAAAAUGAAAUAUACUAUGUUCCGCCUUGUUUCGAAA